UACCAUAUUGAAGGGACUUAUCUCCAAACUUUUCCUUGAUAAAGAGAUUCCGGCGGAUAUUUUUAAUUUUAAGGAAUAUUCUUGCCAAGGGUUGAUUGUAAUCUCAUCCCUUUACUGCUCCCAGCCCACCAUCUCUCAAACUUGUCUCAAAUGGCUUCUCAAGAUCAUCAUCAUCAUGACCAUAGCCAUGAGGAUGCAAAGACAACAUCAUGGGUAGGAGCAGAUGGGAAGGUAUACCAUAGCCAUGAUGGGCUGGCUCCUCACUCUCAUGAACCAAUAUACUCACCUGGCUACUUUACCAGAAGAGCACCUCCACUUAUUAACAGGAACUUCAAUGAAAGAGCUUUUACUAUUGGAAUUGGUGGUCCUGUUGGUACUGGGCCAUUAGCAGAUUUCGAGUUGACCUCAGCCAGUGUGAGGUCGAGCUUCAGAAGGUCUCGGGGGAGAGAGAUGCUCUGCGACUUCUUUGCAGCCAAAAUGACGAGGCUAUAA